GGAGUCCGACAAUCGCUCGUUCCAAUUGAAGUUCUUCGCAUUUUUGAUGCAACUAGUGUGUGUUUUCAUUCAACUGAAAUCCGUGGGGGUUCCGUAGAACCGCUCCGUGGAUGAAGUGAAUCGAUAUUCGCCAAACGUCGGAUUAGGUUUCCAUGCCGGAGCGCCUCUGAGGUGAAGAUGAGGCCAGCUGUUCUCGCUUUCAUCUUGGGCUGUGCUCUGGGCAGUCAGAUAAAGAUACUGCCAUACGGAAAAGUCAGGCCUACCUAUCGAGUUCAAUGCCUCUCCGAAUUGCCCAACGACCUCAGCCUGGAGGCUCUAGGCAACAUGACCGUCGUGUGGAAGGAUGCCGAAGGUCUCCUGAUCGGCGAGAGUCCGGUCAGCAUUGUGAUGGAGGAGCCAUCGAUCGGGGCUGAGAUGAUUGUGCAAUACGCAGGCGCUUCGGCACAAUACAGCUGCGCGUUCAAGCGACCGGGAGUGGAGGUCCCAUCAGGAAUACAAUUCAGUGACAUCUACGUGUACGCGAAAUCGGAAAAAUGCGAAUCCGAUUUGGCCUACUGCGACCCGAGCAAGCGUUUCUGCAGACAGGCUAAAUGCGUUUGUCAACAGGGAGAACACCUCUUCGACGGAACGCAGUGUGUACCUGGUUACACCGGAACACUACCUUGCCAUCCGGUCACGCAGAAAGAGAGCGAACAAUGUGUGGGCGCUCUACGGAAAAUCGCUCUGCGUAAGCCCUACAUGAAAUGUCAAUCGAAGAAAAAUCGAACACUCCUCGAGAGAGUGAAACAGCUCAUGCCAACCCUCAGGCUCAAGCCGGACAACUACAGUCACUGUCCGUGCAAGGGUGCUAUGUACGGCAAUAUCGUAGAGAUCAAUGGUAUUGAAUACUGCCAAGAGGUGGAACAAGUGUCGUGUUGCGUACCGCUGUCCUUGCUGGUGGACAGCCAUGAUUUCUCGCUAGUUUGGUUUACGCUCAUAUCAAUAUCGAUUUUCAUCGGCUUGGUGCUAAUCGCAGCUUUCGUUCUCAUGGUGUGUAAAUCUCGCCAACAACUCCAAGCUCAACACAGGGCUCAACUUCGAGCGUUGGCGCUCCAACAGCAGGACGAGCAUCUUGCGAUUUACGACCCGCGAGUUCAUCGGACACUUACCGUAGCUUCCGAUAAACCGCCUGCUUACCAUGAAGUAGUGCGUCGCGAAGCUGGCACACCCCCUCCCGCUUACAAUGUCGCUGUCGCGACCCUAGGGAAUGCGGUCAGUUCUCGGACGGACCUCCAAUCUCAGACGACGUCGGCGUCGCAACCCGAGCCGUCUACGCAAUUAGAGCUUACAGAUAAGCCACAAGAGUAGAAUAUGUCUGUCGUGUAUCUCAAGACGCAUGCAACACCCUCAUGGUGUACGGGAUUCGGAACAUUUUGAUCGAUAUCGAGCCUUUUGAACCUGCUCCAGGAAAAUCCCAGCUCGCAGCUGCGCCAGUGCCACAUGAAAACUGCAAUAAGAGAAGGAAGAAGGUAGAAGGAAAUUCGUCGAUGAAGAAAUCCGGGCUUCAGUCGACCCGAAGAUUGGACGUAUCCGGAGUUGAGCUCGUCCUUACAUUUUGACCUCGACCGCGAUUGUCGGAUCAUCCGAUCUCCCUUUCCAAAAUAUUGAGGACUGAUUCCGCGACAGGAGCCGGACAAAGGUACUUAUAUCGGUUGAUGCUAGCAGCGGUACACCAGAUUUUUGGGAGAGCUUUUGGGAUGGCUGAGAAUCCAUUGAGCUCCUGUAAGAAAAUUCAUGGAGUAUGAUAUCUUUCCAAAAAAGCUCACAUUUCCCGACUCGUAGUCAGGCGCGUAAACCUGCGAAGUACCCAAUCGAUCUUUGGAAACCGGGAUCGACCCGUCAUCUCAGUUCUUCCACUGUCAAUGAGAUUCCGAUGCAUCUCCCGCGCAGACUCCAGGUGCAGGAGAAUGAUCACUGAUUACGAGAUUCGCUGUUAGGCAGAGAGUUGGAACCGCCUCUUAGAGUAAAGCAUCUUGUUAGCGGACGCAUCGUAAGCUCCCUGAUAUGAGCGAUUGUGUAAGUACAUUCUGUAAAUAACUUCUAGCAGACCGGAUAAGAUAGCGAUCGAAUAAACUGUGAUAUCUGUAAAAGAUGAGAAAA